AUGUUGCUGGGAUUCCUUUUCGUGCUAAUUUUGUCUUGCGAACCGAUCGGCAGCGAAGGAGCUUGGGGUCGGCGACUUCUCAGCGAUCAUGACGAGAGCGAUCGACCCGGACUCGUAACCCGACCUUUGUUUGCGCCUGGAUCCUCUGGCGACUCGGGCAUUCCGCUGCGCGCCUCGGAUGCUCCACUCCAACGCAAACUGCAGCAGCAGAGGCAGAACAAUCAGUUGUCGUGGCCGAAGCUGGAGUCGUUAACGUUAACGAAGAAGCAGACGGAAAAUCCGUGGAAGCAGACGAAGAACCCGUGGAGGCGGACAGGAAAUCAGUGGACGUGGCAGCAACAGCGGAAGAAGCGGCAGCAACAGCGGAAUAAGCAGCAGGACCAGGAGAAGAAACAGGGGGCGGUGACGAAGCAACCGGACGCGGUGACGAAGCAGCCAGACGAGGUGACGAAGCAGCCGGACGAGGUGACGAAGCAGCCGGACGUGACGACGAAGCAACCGGACGCGGUGACGAAGCAGCCCAGGGAGGUGACGCAGCAACCGGACGUGGUGACGAAGCAGCCGAACGUGGUGACGAAGCAGCCGGACGAGGUGACGAAGCAGCCGGACGAGGUGACGAAGCAGCCGGACGAGGUGACGAAGCAGCCGGACGAGGUGACGACGCAGCCGGACGAGGUGACGACGCAGCCGGACGAGGUGAUGACGCAGCCGGACGAGGUGACGACGCAGCCGGACGAGGUGACGACGCAGCCGGACGAGGUGACGACGCAGCCGGACAAGGUGACGACGCAGCCGGACGAGGUGACGACGCAGCCGGACGAGGUGACGACGCAGCCGGACGAGGUGACGACGCAGCCGGACGAGGUGACGACGCAGCCGGACGAGGUGACGACGCAGCCGGACGAGGUGACGACGCAGCCGGACGAGGUGACGACGCAGCCGGACGAGGUGACGACGCAGCCGGACGAGGUGACGACGCAGCCGGACGAGGUGACGACGCAGCCGGACGAGGUGACGACGCAGCCGGACGAGGUGACGACGCAGCCGGACGAGGUGACGACGCAGCCGGACGAGGUGACGACGCAGCCGGACGAGGUGACGACGCAGCCGGACGAGGUGACGACGCAGCCGGACGAGGUGACGACGCAGCCGGACGAGGUGACGACGCAGCCGGACGAGGUGACGACGCAGCCGGACGAGGUGACGACGCAGCCGGACGAGGUGACGACGCAGCCGGACGAGGUGACGACGCAGCCGGACGAGGUGACGACGCAGCCGGACGAGGUGACGACGCAGCCGGACGAGGUGACGACGCAGCCGGACGAGGUGACGACGCAGCCGGACGAGGUGACGACGCAGCCGGACGAGGUGACGACGCAGCCGGACGAGGUGACGACGCAGCCGGACGAGGUGACGACGCAGCCGGACGAGGUGACGACGCAGCCGGACGAGGUGACGACGCAGCCGGACGAGGUGACGACGCAGCCGGACGAGGUGACGACGCAGCCGGACGAGGUGACGACGCAGCCGGACGAGGUGACGACGCAGCCGGACGAGGUGACGACGCAGCCGGACGAGGUGACGACGCAGCCGGACGAGGUGACGACGCAGCCAGACGAGGUGACGACGCAGCCGGACGAGGUGACGACGCAGCCGGACAAGGUGACGACGCAGCCGGACGAGGUGACGACGCAGCCGGACGAGGUGACGACGCAGCCGGACGAGGUGACGACGCAGCCGGACGAGGUGACGACGCAGCUGGACGAGGAGACGACGCAGGAGGGGACGGAGAAGGCGCAGCGGGGGACGGAGAAGGCGCAGGGGGGGACGGAGAAGGCGCAGGGGGGGACGGAGAAGGCGCAGGGGGGGGCGGAGAAGGCGCAGGGGGGGACGGAGAAGGCGCAGGGGGUGGCGGCGCAGGAGGGGGCGGAGAAGCAGCCGACGGAGGCGGAGAAGAGGCUGCAGGAGGAAGAAGAAAAGAGGAAGAAGCAGCAGGAGAUGAGCAAGCUUCAACAGGAGGCGUCAUACAAGGCUAUGUUGGCAUAUAAGGAGAAUGAGCGGCAGAGGCAGGAGAAGGUGAAGCAGCAGCAGGAGCAGGAAAGGCUGGAGCAGGAGCGACCCGAGUUGAAGCAGCAGCGGCUUGACAAGGAGAAGGAGAUGAGCCGGCUUCAACAGGAGGCGUCAGUGAAGGCCUACCGGGAAUACCAAGAAAGGCAGCGACAGGAGGAGCUGCAGAAGCAGCAGGGACAGCCAGGACGGAGCAUGAUGGGCUGCGUCCGCCAGGAAAAGAAUUGCACCGCGGGCAUGUGCAAGGAUGGGGAGACGUGCAAGCCUUUGAACACGUGCAGGGGGUAUAUCUGCCUGGUAGAUCGUUCUAACCUGCAGACUAAGACGCCCAGGAAGAAAGUGGAUAAGAUCAGUAAGAGCCCCGAGCAGGGGUCCUUGGCUCCGGAGGAAGAGAAGAGGACGAUUGGAAAGCCCGUGGAGGGGAGUGAUAAGGGAAAGAGGAGCAAUGGGAAGGUACUAUGGCAGUCAAGCCCAUAG